UGGCCAUCGGGUGUGUAUGUGCGUCGCUACUUUGAGGCGCGCAGACCAAAAAAUAACAGCAUCCGUUUGGCUCAUAUGUCAGAGACUGGUAUACUGCAGCAAGACAACGUAUCUGCAUCUGUAGCACCGCAAAUGAGCAACGGCCACGCAGAUCCUGAUAAAUAAAUGACUGAUAUUAAUAUUGUGUCAUAUAAUGCGCGAGGUCUGCGUGUUGGACACAGUGAAACAGACAGAGCGCGUCGCCUUGUGGUGGACAAAUUACUGGAGACUUGUGAUAUACUGUGUGUGCAGGAGACAUUCUUAGCUAAACAGGACCUGGAGAAGCUGAAUUGCAUACACAAAGACUUUUACGGCGCUGGUGAAUCCACUACCGACCUUAGCACCAGAAUAAUUCGGGGAAGGAUAGCCGGUGGUGUUGCAAUAUUAUGGCACAAAAAAUAUGAUCAACUGGUUGAUGUGAUUAGACUGGGUGUGGAUUGGGCCAUAGGGCUGAAAUUUACUUGUGGAGACAAACAUUUUAUUGUUUUAAACAUAUACACACCUUAUGAAUGUCCUCAAAACGAAGACGAAUUUCUUAAUAGACUGUCUUUUAUUAUGUCUUUUAUGCAAGAUAAUCUAUCUACUUGUUUUUUUAUUGUGGGGGAUUUAAAUGCAGAUGUUACAGAUAAACAUUCUACAUUUGCUACGCAUUUAAUGCAAUUCUGUCACAGUAAUGCCUUAAUUCUUUCUAGUAAGGCACUUUUGCCUAACAACAGUUACACCUAUAUUAGUGAAUCAUGGCAUACAACUUCCUGGUUAGAUCAUUGUAUCUGUACAGCUGAUGCUCAUGAUUCCAUUCUGGGAAUUCGUGUCAACUAUGACCUUGCCACCACUGACCAUAUACCAUUCUCCUUAUGUGUAAACAUGAAUUGCAUACCUUCUGUUUUGCCUGUAGACUAUAAUAUAAGUACAGGAAAAAUAGCAUGGGAUAACUUGACUGAAAAAGAUCUAUCAGAUUAUUGCUAUCAAACUAAUGACAUGUUCAGCAAUACAUACUUACCAAAGGGAGCAAUCUCAUGCCGUGAUAUGAAUUGUAAAGACCCUCAACAUGGUAUUGAGUUAUGUACUCUGUAUGAGAAUGUUGUGAAAUCCCUCCUUAUCUCAAGCAAGCCACUGCAUAAAACCAUCUUGCAUAGCACCAAGCCGGGUUGGAACGACUAUGUAAAAGAACAUCAUGCACAGGCCAGAAGGGCUCUUAAAGCAUGGGCCGAUGCAGGUAAACAGAGACAUGGCCCCUUGUUUGAAUACAAAAAACAAGCAAAUGCUAAUUUUAAACAUUUUUUAAGAUUCAUAAGGAGACGUGAAAAUACUAUGAGGUCUGACUCUCUUGCUAGAAAGUUAGGAAAUAAUAAUGUUAAGGACUUUUGGAAAGAAAUAAAGAAAGUAAAUAACUGUAAAACGUCACUUCCAUCUACUAUUGAUGGUGUUACUGGUGUAAAAGAAAUCACUCAGUUAUGGAAAGAGCACUACAGUGCGCUGUUUAAUUGUGUCAAAAGUGACAUUUCUGACAUAGGAAGCAUUCACAGUAAUGAGAAUGUGAUUGUAUCCCCACAAGAAAUAUAUCAUAUAAUUAUGACACUGAAAGACAAUAAGGCCUGUGGGAUGGAUAACAUAUCCACUGAGCAUUUGAAAAAUGCAAGUAAAAAACUCUGUGCAUUACUCUCUAUGUGUUUCACUGGCUGUCUAGUACAUGGUCUGCUACCUAAAUCAAUGUUAUCUGUCAUUCUGGUACCCACUAUUAAAGACAAAGCGGGUAAGAUUAGCUCCUUGGAGAAUUACCGACCCAUAGCUUUAGCUAGUAGUUUGUCGAAAGUUUUUGAAAGAGUCCUUCUAAAUAGGCUGGAAGAGUUUCUUUUGACCUCUGAUAAUCAAUUCGGUUUUAAACCCAAACAUGGUACAGACAUGUGUAUUUUUGUGCUACAGGAGAUUUUAGAUUUUAAAAACUCCCGCUCUUUCUGAAAUUCCACCUUCAGGAAGUCAUCACAACAUGGCUCCUCCAUCUACCCUUUAAAAAGAUUUCCUCAGUGUUUCACUGAGCAGCAGUUCGUAUGAUGCGCAGUUCCACCAGGUGUUUGCUAAUUGCUGCUGGCUAGUCUGAAGGAGCUCAGAGGAGGUGUUGGGGGGGGAGAGCUGCUCUGUGAGGCAGACGCUUUGAAACUGCAGCUCCAAGGAGGAGUCAUCAAAGUCAGCACUCGGCUUCACCAAGGGUUCUGCACAGAUGAGUUGUUGCCACGGGAGAUUAAAGGAUUUCUCAAAGAUGCAUGAAAAAUAUUAGGGCAACACGCAAGGCUUGUUUUUGAUGAGAGAAUAACAUUACAACAUGAUGUGAAGUUCAGAAAAGUGAAUUUUACAUAAUACUCCCCCUUUAAGUGAAAGAAGACCUUGAUAACAUUUCUAUUGACAUAUUUAUUUACUUGCGGCUGAAUGAAGAUUAAUAUAUAUUUGUGAGUAUUUUAUGCAAAUCAGUCUAUUUCUAGUAGAAAUCAGGUAUUGCUGAGUUUAAAGUUUAGAUGAUACAAAAUAUGUUUCCUUUAGCAGAAAUUCAUCAACAAAGGUAAACAGUAACGUUAAAGGUUUUCUUGAUUUAAAUUGGUGGUCUUAACGCGUUGAGGGACAUUGAAGGACAGCGUUCACAUGAAAGGUUUUAUAAUCUUUUAUUGUGUUCUACCAGGCGUCCCUGGAAAUGUUCUGCUGAAUUUGUCAAACCAAACUGCUCGGACUUUUACUUUUUACGUUGCAGCCAAACACGAGGCGAUACGAGAGAAAAGAAACAGAGACGUCUUUUGUGAUUUAGUUUCAGUUUUCAGGAAAGCACAAAACAUCUGUAAGAUAAAACUAACUUGAUUUGAUAUUUCUUAAAAUUUUAAACUUAAGAUUUCCUGAUUUCAGCCUACAAAGACUUAUCUUUAAAUUGAAACGUUUACUGUUUGUAGCCGAUCGGGUGAGGAGUUGGCCUGAC